AUGCCAGUCCAGUUAGCACCCGCGAUUGGAAUCGACCUUGGAAUAACGUACUCCUGCGUUGGAGUUUUUCAGCAUGGUAAAGUGGAGAUAAUUGCCAACGACCAAGGCAAUCGCACAACUCCCAGUUAUGUUGCCUUCACGGAAACUGAACGCUUGAUUGGAGAUUCUGCAAAGAACCAAGCAACGUUAAACCCAAGCAACACUAUAUUUGACAUUUGACGACCCAACACCGAACCCAACAGUGCAAUCGAUCGAACCGAAACUGGAAUUCGCCUUUUCAAGUCAUCAAAGAGUCUGGUACCAUGGGCCGAAGAUAGGUGUACAGAGUAAGGGAGGGUUGAAAACUUUUCUCUUUUACCCCAGAGAAAAUGGUUUUAUGGUUCCCAAAAAGAUGAAAAAAACAGCAGAGGCUUACUUGGGACAGGACAACUCGGAUUAA